UGUUCUACAGUUUCAAAGAUGGCUGCCUUGUCGCAGUUGCUUUUCUCUGCCAAACAAUACUGAGAAAAUUGAGAUAACCAACUAUUUUUACAUUUUUAUAAAGAAAAUUAGGUAGAUUUUAAUAAAUAACUUUAAAUUAACGUGCUAGUCAUUUUGAUAAUGUGAUAAUAAGUGUUCCCAUGGCUUCCAAUGUACAAGACUCACCUGUUCAGCAGACAUUUGUGGAGGAGAUAGAUUACAAUGAAAUUCAAGAGUUAUCGGUGGUGGGCAAAGGCGCAUUCGGAGUAGUAUGGAAGGGUCUCUGGCGGAACACACUAGUAGCAGUAAAGCACAUCAAUUCAGAGGCUGAAAAGCGCGAGUUUUCAAUAGAAGUGCGGCAGUUGUCUCGGGUGUCACACCCGAAUAUCGUGCGGCUGUAUGGAGCGUGCACGAAGGGCGCCCACGUCUGCCUAGUCAUGGAAUACGCGGAGGGAGGAUCCUUGUAUAAUGUGCUGCACAACCGGCCCAAGCCUAAAUAUACUGCAGCCCACGCCAUGAGCUGGGCUCGCCAGUGUGCAGAGGGUGUAGCCUACCUCCACGCAAUGAAACCAAAGCCGCUGAUACACAGGGAUUUAAAGCCACCCAAUCUGUUACUAGUGGGUGGAGGCCAGAGACUAAAGAUCUGUGAUUUUGGCACUGCUGCAGAUAAGGCCACAUACAUGACCAACAAUAAGGGCAGUGCAGCGUGGAUGGCACCCGAGGUGUUUGAAGGUUCAACAUAUACAGAGAAAUGUGAUGUGUUCUCAUGGGGUAUUAUUUUAUGGGAGGUCUUGUCAAGGAGGAAACCCUUUGAGGAAGGGGGAUCAGCUUUUAGGAUAAUGUGGGCUGUGCAUACAGGACAAAGGCCAAACCUGAUAGAGGGUUGUCCUGAGCCAAUAGAGCAGUUGAUGACACAAUGUUGGCACAAAGUUCCUGCGGAGAGACCCAGCAUGGCCAAGGUGGUAGAGAUAAUGACAGCGCUAUGUGAGUUGUUCCCGGGCGCCGACACGCCCAUCAACUACGACGACUGCGAGGACGACGCCGCGUCCUGCUCCAGCGACGAGUACAUGCCGUACGACACGCGCGACUCGCACGACUCGUACGACACGCACGACGCCGAGCCCGCCUCCCUCCCCCCCGCGUCCGUCACCGCCACCCGCCCCCGCAGCUUCGUCGAGACGCAAGUGAGUAAGCUACAGAACCUCAUGGCCGCCGAGGCGCAUCCCAAAACCUCGGCCCUGCCCAAAGACGAGCCCGACGUGCAUAACAGAAUAGGGCCGGUCAGAAUACCGCAGCAGUUCAAAAAGCCCGAGGCGUACACGGAAGCGGGGAGGUCGGUCGCCUUCGGCAGGCCGGCGGGCGCGGGCGACGCCACCCCGCAGGACUCGCUGCGCCUGUCCGCCAGCCCCGCCGUGUUCAGCGAGAGCUCGUCGCCGCGCCGCCUGUCGCCCAUCGCCAACUACAACGUGGGCAACAUCAACCCGCGCCACGUGGACAUGGAGGCCUGGCCCGGCCCCGACUCGCUGCGCAGCGAGGACAGCGCCGCCAGCCACAGCCCCGCCGCGCCCAAACACUACAAUGGGACUCUGUCGCAGAGACCCAUCGAUGCCAGAUACCAAACGCCCUUACAGAUAGAAGUGGAUCCAAAUUCAUGGGAGUUGAUCGACGUGCCAAUCAGUUAUGAUGAUUAUGUGGAAGUGAAAAAUUCUGCUGGAUUUGAUAAAUACUACACCGUGGGUAACAGCAGCGCAUCGACAGGGGGCGAAGGCGCUGCGCCGCCGCCCUCGGAGCCCGACCCGGCGCUCGACUCGAUGCACAUGAUGCUGGACCCGCACCUCAGGCCUAUCUCGCCGGACCUCAACAACGAGGAGUCCAAGAGAAUAUUCGAGGAACACAAACAAUUAGCACAGGAGUACCUCAAGAUACAGACUGAGUUCGCUUACCUCAGCAAUCACAAAGCAGAGUUAGAGGAGAAAAUGGAUGACGACGAGCUACGGCAGAAGAGAGAGAUUAUACAGUUAGAGAAGGAAAAGGACUCAUUGAUCAAGCUAUACUGCAGCCUAAAGAAGCAGUUGGCGCGAGCGGAGAACGACAGCUGGCUCCACCCCGAAGAGAUGCCGCUCGAGUGACCGCGUGACGUCACGCCUCCAGCACCGUCAUUGAUCUCAACCUACCAAAUGAGCCUUCCGCUGUUCGGUCUCUCCUCACACGUUUAGUUCGUAAUGCAUGUUUAUUUCGUAUAAUGUCUAUCGUACCUCACCAGUUCGUGCCAACGAGCGCAGCCACGUCUCUUGUACAUAGUCGUGUAACCUUGACAUUUUAUCAGUUUUGCCGUUUUAUUCUACGUAGCCGUUUCUUUCAAUCUUCACUAACUUUACCACCGUGAACAACUAAUGUCUUUGUCGUUGUAAAAAGCACGUUUUAGUGCUUUAUAUAUGUGAGUGUUAUCCAAAAAUAUUGAAGUAGUUUGUCAUACUUUUAUACGAAAGUAUAGAAUAUAAUUUUGUUUAUUAUUUUGUAUCAUUUAUUAUAGUGUGAUAUGCAUUUGUUUUGAUUGUAUACUUGUAAGAUAGUAUUAGCAGUAUUAGGUAAGUUAAAUAAUGUUAAGUUUAAUAAAUUUUUGUGAAAUA